AGCAGGCAAAGUUUGGCCGGCGGUAGCGGCGGGUGACGGCGGCGGAGGCGACGGGGUUGCGGGUGCCGCUGCCGGUGUGGGCUCGGCUGGGGAUCGGAGCAGCCGGGCCUCGCGGGGCAGUGCAGCGGCCUCUCCGCACCCUCGCUCCUGCGUGACGCUCCCCCUCGCGGCACGGAGGGCGGGCGGGCGGCGGGCGCGGCGCGGCCAUGGCCGAGGACCCCAGCGCGUUGCCCUGGUCCAUCAACAAGGAUGACUACGAGCUGCAGGAGGUCAUCGGGAGCGGAGCGACUGCAGUGGUGCAGGCAGCCUUCUGCACUCCAAAGAAGGAGAAGGUGGCGAUUAAACGGAUCAAUCUUGAGAAGUGUCAGACAAGCAUGGAUGAACUCCUGAAAGAAAUUCAAGCCAUGAGUCAGUGCCAUCACCCCAACAUUGUAUCUUACUACACAUCAUUUGUGGUGAAAGAUGAGCUUUGGCUGGUGAUGAAGUUACUUAGUGGAGGCUCUGUUUUGGAUAUUAUAAAACACAUUGUGGCCAAAGGAGAACACAAGACUGGUGUCCUGGAUGAACCCUGUAUAGCCACAAUCCUUAAGGAGGUGCUGGAGGGGCUGGACUACCUGCAUAAAAAUGGGCAAAUCCACAGGGAUGUGAAAGCAGGAAAUAUUCUUCUUGGAGAAGAUGGCUCUGUACAAAUUGCAGACUUCGGUGUUAGUGCGUUUCUGGCCACCGGCGGUGACAUUACCAGGAAUAAAGUCAGGAAAACCUUUGUGGGCACACCUUGCUGGAUGGCACCAGAAGUUAUGGAACAGGUCAGAGGAUACGAUUUCAAGGCAGACAUCUGGAGCUUUGGCAUCACUGCUAUUGAGCUGGCCACAGGGGCAGCUCCUUACCAUAAAUACCCACCGAUGAAGGUUUUAAUGCUGACACUACAGAAUGACCCUCCGUCUCUGGAAACUGGUGUGCAAGAUAAGGAGAUGCUGAAGAAGUAUGGGAAGUCGUUUAGGAAGAUGAUUUCAUCGUGCCUACAGAAAGACCCUGAGAAAAGACCGACAGCAGCAGAACUCUUGAGACACAAGUUUUUCACAAAAGCAAAGAAUAAGGAAUUUUUACAAGAGAAGAUGUUGCAGAGAGCACCAACAAUCACUGAAAGAUCAAAAAAGGUGCGGAGAGUGCCAGGUUCCAGUGGACGUCUUCAUAAGACUGAAGAUGGUGGCUGGGAAUGGAGUGAUGAUGAACUAGAUGAAGAAAGUGAGGAAGGCAGAGCAGCAAUUUCACAGCUCAGGUCUCCCAGAGUGAAAGAACCUGUACAGAAUUCAGAGCUAUUCCCAUCAGCUGAGCCUCCAGGUCCUUCACUCAAUGCUCCAGCACAGGCACCUACUCAACUACCUCAGGCUGCAGGACCAGUCCCUGCACAACCUCAAACUGCUGUACCUCCACCUAGUCAGGCUCCUCCAGCAACCCCAGCAGCAACCCAGGCCCCACCUGCCCCUGCUGCAGCUCUGGUACAGGAGGAUACAAACAUCCCCAUCAGCCUUGUACUAAGAUUAAGGAAUUCAAAAAAAGAGCUCAAUGAUAUCCGAUUUGAAUUUACCCCAGGGAGAGAUACUGCUGAUGGCGUGUCUCAAGAACUCAUUUCAGCAGGUCUUGUUGAUGGCAGAGAUCUGGUAGUAGUUGCAGCUAAUUUGCAGAAAAUUGUGGAAGACCCCCAAGCAAACAGAUCCAUCACUUUCAAACUGGCGUCUGGUGUGGAAGGCUCAGAUAUUCCCGAUGAUGGCAAACUUAUAGGAUUUGCACAGCUCAGCAUCAGCUAAACAAUGGUCCCAGGAGAUGUUUCCCAACUGAGAACCCACGUGUGCAUAUUUGUAAUGCUUCUGUCAGCCUAAAAAAUACAAACCACUACUGCCAAAGAAUUGAACUACAGCCCCCUUCCUAGAAGCUUUAACAUUUUCCUUAGUAGGAUCACAAACCUUCCUGAAAUUUACCGAUGGUGUUUACACCUUUUGUAAACAACUCUCAUGUUUUUGUAUCUGUCAUCUCAGACAUGCAGAUCCAACACCUCAUUGCCUGCAUGUUCAUUUGAUUAUUGCCUUACUUUAAAGAGAAAUACUACUGAGUACGAAGCAGGGGGUUCCACUGCUCUGAUGAUCUUGCCUAAGUGUUUCCAUACAUGUGGUUUCUUCUUUUUCCUUUUUUUUCCACUUGCUAUUUUUGCACAAGUUUUAAUACCAACCGGAUCUCUUUAGUUCUUUACCUGCUUCUCCUUCUGUGUGAUGCACCGAUGUACAUGUUGUUUGGGUCACCUGGAGUGCUGAGAAAUCUGCUUCUCUUCAACUGUGUCUUUCGAAACUGCUGAUUUCAAUGCUUGCACUUAAGAAAGCAAGCCAAGUCUUAACCCACGGGAGGGGAAACCACCUUCCCUUGUGUUUUGGAGAGUUUCCUUGAUUUUGAAGUGUUAGAAGUCAGCUUCCCUUUGUAAACUGCCUUAAUUUUUUUUAUUCUUCCGUUUUGGUUCUCUCCACAUGAGUGCCAGGCAUGGCAUGAGGGCUGAACCUUUUCAUUUACUUUAAGCAGUCCUUCCUCAAAGUAUCUUUCAUUCUGCAGCUUAGAUGUAGUCUGUUCUUGAAGCAGAGCAAUGAGGCGUUGCUGUUGGGAAACUGGUCCUUCAGAUGAUCAACUAAUUAUUCAUGGUCAGAGGCAGAGGAGAUCUGGGUCACUCUGCAUUUGGAAAAGAUGAUGCACUUCCAAGUCAUCCUGAACCCCAGCCUGAAAUGCCUGGCUGCGCCAGUCCUUCCCACAUGUUUCCCACUCCCUUGCAAACUGGUACCCGUGGAACCGUCCCUGUUGCGUUUCACAGCAAUAAAGAAUCCCCAGCAGAGUGGCAGCACUGGCCUGUGUCCCUCCUGCACUAACAGCUUGGGCCAUCAGCUUCCUCGUCCGCCCAAGCCUCCACGUUGGAUCAGGAUGUCACUGAGAGCCUGUCACACACCUCUGUAGCUUUGCUUUGUGUGUGGUGUUGAGUUUGAGUUUCUGCAUCCAUCGUAUACAUUAUCCUCUGAGUUUGAUAAGACACACUUGUAAUGCAGUAUGUGAAUAACAGAUGGUGGUGAUUUGGGGUUUUUUUCUUGCUGCUUCACAAUUGGCCUUUACCUGCUAUUGACUCUGGAGUGUUUUUCACACAGGAACUGUAGGUCUGCCAUUUAUCAGGCAAGUGGAAGCGUGUUUGGUUUCCAUCAGCCACCAACAAUGCAGAAAGAGAGGGUUAGAGUGGAAUGGCUGGGUGCAGUUAGGACUUUUUCUUAUUGCCAAGUCUUCAGAUGAACAACCUGCAUUUACAUAUUGUAAUGUAAAUGUGUAAAUGUCUGUGAGCAGCUGUGAAGUCUCCUGAGUUGUGUGUGUUCUUUAUAUACUGCCCCUGUUGCUUUUAGCCUCAUGGUGGAUACUAAGUGUGUCCCCAUAGGCUAUUUGCAGCCUCGUGGCAGGUGAGUGCGAGGGGUUGGAGAGGCAAAAGAGGAUUUGGGAACAAGAGUGUCCCAGGGUGCUGAGCAGGUGCUCUUAAAGCCCAAGAAGGGGAUGCCCAAUACCAAGGAGUUGGUAGCGGUUGGAUUUGCUAGGGGCCUGUGUGUGCACUGAUGUGUGGCACCUCUGGGAGCAUUUUCUCCUGUUGUCUGACACAAAUCACUCCCUAUGGCAUCCCCCACUGAGCUUCUUGGCCUGGGAAGAGCAGACUGCCACCUCGAUUUUCAUGUCACCCUGGAGCUUAUACAGACGUAUUGGAAACCUUUAGGAUACAGAGACAAGAUAGUCUUGGUACAGUAUUAUUUUCCCUUCUGCCCGCAUGCCAUGGGGACCUUGUUCAUUUGUGUACUGGUGCUGACAAAGGUAAGACUCAGACUGCUCAAAUGGAACAAUGCAGCAUCUAUUUAUUAAGUUAUUCCCCACCUUCCCAAAGCCAGGUCUUGGAAAGUUUGAGCUCACACUAAAUCAAGGCUCCCUAUUUCCUUAAUGGAGAAAAUGAGUGAGGAAAAAAUGGAUGUGUUUUGUUCUGCAGAGCUCCCGAUGUUUUGGGUAGGGAUUGGGAAUAUUUACUUGGGCUAUUACAGUUGUGGACAACUGUCUUUCUGAUGUCGUUCCAGUAAGUGCCAAUGCUGUUCAUAAUUGUUUUCCAGUGUCAUUAAGCAUUUGGGUUUUGUGCAAAUUUCUCAUCUAAACCUGGAAGCAGGUGGAAAUUUAAUGUUAGUUCCUACUUUUAAGGACUAUGCUCUGUUAAUGAAAACGGAUCCUCUUCAGAACUUUGGUGUAUUGUAGAUUAUAAUGAAAGAUGUAAAAUAUUCAGGCUUUUUUUCCUUUUUUGGACUUUGUAUUUUACUGCAUGUCUCUAAUUUUUAAUCAAUAAAGAACAAAUUGUCCAUU